AAUCACCUCGUUUACCAAUCCCGCCGUGUCCAGACUCUCUCCUUCAACCAGGUCGUUGACAAAUUCCACCACGCAAUUCUUCAGCCAGAUCAACUGAACUCCGAUUACUUAUCAGUGAACAUUGUUCUUGCUGCAGAGAUACAGCUGAAUAUCCCUGUCACGAUGAAAAUCAGUGUUGUGCCCCUCCUUUUCGGAGCAACCUCCGCCGUUGCCUCCAGACUCUACGCUGCCUCGUAUGCAGGCACCGUGACCACCUUGUCCUUGUCCCAAUCCUCCAAGGGACAGUAUGAGUUGGAAACAGUCGCCCAGUCCACUGACUGUGGCACCAACCCGUCUUGGCUGAUGCUGGAUCACGACAACCGUGUCCUCUACUGCCUGGACGAAGCUGUUGACCUUGCCAACGGUACCCUGACCUCCUUUGCCAUCCGGCCCAAUGGCACUCUGUCCAAGGUGGUACAGCUGGAGACCAUCGCCGGCCCGGUCAUGUCGCAGUUCUACUCGGCCCCGGGAGUGCCACACCGCAAGUUCUUCGCCGUGGCUCAUUAUGAAGGAUCAGCUGUCACCAGCUAUUCCCUUGACCCCAUCAGUGGUGUCUUCAACCGCUCCCAAACCUUCACAUACACCCUACCGGCUCCCGGUCCCGUCGCGGACAGACAGGAUGCACCCCACUCCCACGGCGUCGUCGUCGACCCAACAGGACAAUUCGUCCUCGUCCCAGACCUCGGUGCUGAUUUGAUUCGCAUCUUCCACAUCAACCCCUCCACUGGACUUCUUGAACCUCAAGCUCCCCUCGUAGCAGCACCCGGUUCUGGUCCCCGCCACGGUGUCUUCUGGACACCCGCGGGCACCACAGCCAAGCAGGCCAAGCACGAAGAUGUCAUUUUCUACCUGACAUCGGAACUGAAAAACCACGUCACCGGCUACAGAGUGACAUAUCCAUCCAACGGAACCAUCUCCUUCACAGAGUUCUAUACCGCCAACUCCUACGGCGGUGCUGUCCCGCCCAACGGUUCCAAGGUCGCAGAAAUUGCCAUCUCACCCCAAAACAACCGUCUCGUCGUCAGCAACCGCGAUGACAACACCUUCGGCACCAACAACGAUUCCAUCGCCGUCUUCAACUGCGCCGAUGAGUCCGGCAGUCACCCUACCAACGUCACCUUCGGUGGUCUCUACCCCGCUUACGGGUCGUCGCCGCGCCAGUUCGAGAUGUCGGCGCGCAACGAGAUGAUUGCCGAGGCGUUGCAGAAUACCCAUGCGGUGGGUGUGACGAAGUGGAAUGGAAAGACCGGGAAGCCGGUGCCGCUUGUGGCGAAGAAGUCGCUAGUGGGUGAGGUGGUUUCUGUUGUUUGGGAUGAGUAGGUGAUACUAGCCUUAGCUGCUUAGCAUUUUGGUGCGUGUGUGAAUGCACUUAGUUGGAUGUAGUGUUUUGCGAGGAUGCUGCGGAGGAUACUACGCUUCUGUCGUUGACUGACGUUCUUUUAUUAUUGGAUGAGUCCUCAUUGUCUUGAUUAGAUGGAUAUGAGAUAUAGGAAUACGAAGGCCAGUCAAGGCCAACGAAGGCCUCUUGGCCAAAUGAAACUCUUAUACUACUGGCCAUUGCUCGUAAUCCAGCAUAGGUAUUUGUGGCUUCAGAAAACUCAACUAGAG